UCGUCAUGGUGUAAAGUCAAACAAUUCAGAUUCAGUACUUAAACAUUCUCCGUACGUAGGCAAAAGAUUCUUCUCGUUUAAAGUGGUAAGGUUAACUUAUAAAAUGCGUGAAAUUGUACAUCUCCAGGCCGGACAGUGUGGUAACCAGAUUGGUGCCAAGUUCUGGGAGGUGAUCUCAGACGAGCAUGGUAUUGAUCCCACAGGUACCUACCACGGAGAUUCGGACCUCCAACUCGAAAGAAUCAAUGUCUACUACAACGAAGCAACUGGUGGAAAAUAUGUCCCUCGUGCAGUACUGGUGGACCUCGAACCCGGGACCAUGGACUCCGUGAGGUCCGGACCCUUUGGUCAGAUCUUCAGACCAGACAACUUUGUCUUCGGACAGAGUGGAGCUGGUAACAACUGGGCAAAGGGUCACUACACCGAGGGUGCCGAGCUCGUAGACUCCGUACUUGACGUUGUCAGAAAGGAGGCCGAGAGCUGCGACUGUCUCCAGGGAUUCCAACUUACACACUCUCUGGGUGGUGGCACUGGAUCCGGCAUGGGAACUUUACUCAUCAGCAAGAUUCGUGAGGAGUACCCCGACAGGAUCAUGAACACUUUCUCAGUUGUUCCGUCACCUAAGGUAUCUGACACCGUCGUGGAACCAUACAAUGCCACGCUGUCAGUUCAUCAACUUGUUGAGAAUACUGACGAGACAUUCUGUAUUGACAACGAGGCUUUGUAUGACAUCUGCUUCAGGACGCUCAAACUGACCACGCCUACAUACGGAGACUUGAACCAUCUCGUGUCAGCCACAAUGUCAGGUGUUACCACGUGUCUCCGUUUCCCAGGUCAGUUGAACGCCGAUCUCCGUAAACUGGCCGUCAACAUGGUUCCCUUCCCACGUCUCCACUUCUUCAUGCCAGGUUUCGCACCUCUUACAUCUCGUGGUAGCCAGCAGUACAGGGCUCUGACUGUCCCAGAGCUUACCCAACAGAUGUUCGAUGCAAAGAACAUGAUGGCUGCCUGUGACCCACGUCAUGGACGUUACCUCACCGUCGCCGCAAUGUUCCGUGGCCGUAUGUCUAUGAAGGAGGUCGAUGAACAGAUGUUGAACGUCCAGAACAAGAACAGCAGCUAUUUCGUCGAAUGGAUCCCUAACAACGUUAAAACAGCCGUGUGCGAUAUCCCACCACGUGGCCUCAAAAUGGCUGCCACCUUUGUUGGUAACAGCACCGCCAUCCAGGAACUGUUCAAGCGUAUCUCCGAACAGUUCACCGCUAUGUUCCGUCGUAAGGCUUUCUUGCAUUGGUACACUGGCGAGGGUAUGGACGAGAUGGAGUUCACCGAGGCGGAGUCGAACAUGAAUGACUUAGUAUCAGAGUACCAGCAGUAUCAGGACGCCACCGCCGAGGAGGAGGGCGAAUUUGACGAGGAAGAGGAUGAGGGGGAGGCAGACGCAUAAAUCGAUUGACAAAAUAAAAAAGGAACUUUUCUGUUUUACAAAAGUAAAUAAUUCACAGAAACAUCAAUAAAUUAUUGAGUUAUCAAAAUUUGCAACUUUAUUUGGAUCAAAUUGAAAUAAAACUGCUCAUUUUAGUGUUGAAACAUA